AUGAAGUGCUCGUUGCGCUUCUGCUUCCUCUCGACCGCCUUCCUGCUCGUCUUCGUCAUGUCCCUCCUCUUCACCUACUCCCACCACAGCAUCGCCUACCUGGACCCUGGCGGGCUGGGUGGCAUUCACCGGGUGAAGCUGGUGCCCGGCUACGCGGGCAUGCAGCGGCUCAGCAAGGGGGGGCCCUACACCCGCGGCAUGCUGCAGCCCCAGUUCAAGUCUCACAACACCCAUGAGGUCCUGACCAAGCUCUUCCAGCUCGUGCCAGGCGAGGAUCCCUACCGCUCCCGAGACCCAAACCGCUGCCGCCGCUGCGCCGUGGUCGGCAACUCGGGCAACCUGCGUGGCUCUGGCUACGGGCCAGAGAUCGACGGGCACGACUUUGUCAUGCGGUGA